ACCAGGUAAACCAGAUGUACCGUAGACUCACCGGCGUAUGGUGAGACCAAGCGAUUGAAUGUUUUAACACGCAGUUUGAUUUAUAAUCAAAUGAAAUAUUUUUUUUAAAGUUUUGCCACAAAAUAAUGAAUUGUAGCCCUAUAUGGUAUUUUUUUAGCUGGCGUAUAUCAAUUGAAAGCACGAUGGUGACUCUAAGUCUAAGGAUAUUAAUGCUCUUGUGCUGGUGUAUUCCAAGUCGACUAUCAUCGCCUUCAAUCUCACUCAUGCAGAGCAUUUCCUACCGGCAAGAUAAGCUAGGUCGACAACAAUGGGGCUCGGAGGCCAGGUUUCGAUACAGUGAUGUAGAAAACCCUGCCGAAAAUGAUGUUCUACAGGAGCAGUUUCACCAGAUGGAAGAGAGUGUGUUUGAACAGUUCAAAGAAAAGAAACGAGAAUUUCAGGAAACAGAUGCUCGCGCGCCACCAUACAUGCUUGAACUUUAUCAACGCUUUUCCACGAAUAGGUACGCUCAUCCGAGCUCGAAUAUCGUUCGGAGUUUCUUGAAUGAAGAAAUCGACGAGUUUUCUGGAGACAACGAGUUUGAAACAUUUACAAAAUUCAGCGAGCAUUUUCUGCGAUUUAAUGUCACAAUUCCACUUCACGAGAAAGUCGUUCUUGCUGAGCUUCGUCUGUUUACACUUGUUAAACAAAAAAAGGGAUCUGGCGCUUUCGUAAAAUUCUCAAUAUUUGACGACCAGGAAGAUGGAAAACUUGUAAAGGUGUUGGUGAAACAUAUUUACAAGGAAAACAACGGAUGGGAAACGUUUGAUUUGACAGAUCAUGUAAUCCAACAGUUAUCGGCCAAUCAGCAGCAUCUAUAUUGCCUCCGUGUUCAGAUUGAUGACAUCAUUCCAAUGCUGAUUCUUGAUACGUCACGUCAAAUCCAAUAUGAACCUCUGCUAGUUAUUUAUUCUGACGAUAAAUCGAGCAACCGGCAGACGACAAAUUUCAACGAACUGGAAGAUAUGAUAGAACAAGAAGAGGUUGUGACUAAUCUGAAGACUGGAGCCAUACUUAAAGAAACCAGACGAAAAAGAGCAUUAAAUAGGAAAAACUAUUGCCAAAAAAGGGAAAUGAUGGUAGAUUUUAAAGAUAUUGGCUACGAUAAUUGGAUCAUAGCACCAAAAUCAUACCAAGCUUAUCAGUGCAGUGGUAAAUGCGUCUUCCCCUUAACUGACCGAUGGAGUCCCACAAAACACGCCAUCAUACAGACACUAGUCCACGAAUUCAAGCCCAAGUCAAUCCCGAAACCUUGCUGUGUUCCGAAUAACCUCGCUCCAAUAUCCCUACUUUACAUCAAAGAGGGUGUUAUCACCUAUAAAUAUAAGUAUGAAGGAAUGGUUGUUAAGGACUGCGCAUGUCGCUAAAGGAUAUUGAACAUAUUCAAAUUCUUCACCAGAAAUUUAAUAUUAUCAGUGUCUUAACUAUGAGAGCUUGUGAACAACUAACAUUAAAAAGUUACAUAAUCAAUUUUUAUAAACGAAAUUAUAUAUUUAUCACCGAAUAAUGCAUUAAGUUAAAAGUGGUGACAAUUAUUAUUAAGAAACGAAUCUUUUAUUUAAGAAUGUCCUGGAAGAAUUGAACAUCAUUCUUCACAAAAAUAAGGUUAAGUGAAGCAACAGCUCCCUCUGUCAUAAUUGAUAUGGCAUUAUUUUGACUUGCGAACUAUCGAUCAGACGCUAAACGCACCCACGGCGUCUUAUUGACCAGGCAGAGAUACACAUUCGUUUCUUGGUCGACGCAUUAGCUGCAUAGUCAACGCUAAUACGUCAUCAUAAUGGGAUUCUCGUACGUGGCUACCGUAAAUGGUUAUUAUUAUAAGUUUAUAAAAUGUAGGCCUAUUUAUUCGUACGACUUUUAUAUUUAAGUUUAAGUAACGUACUGAAUUAUUGAUUGUUUGUCACCAUAAUCCAUUUGGUUCAAUAUUAUACCUAAACGGUACGGUAGGCCCUAUA